UAUAGAAAUUUAAACUAUCGUGGCUCUCUAUCCCUUAGUUGACAGCUUGUGUUUGCUAAUACUUCUCCUUUCACUUUCCAAUUUUCUUUCUUCUUCUCUUUAAUCUCCUUCUCCUUGACUCCCAAUUAGUUCUAAGCUUUGGUUUCAAAGAGUGUGUGUCAAUGGCGGAAGCUAUACAAUACUUUGAAUUGAAUACCGGAGCUAAGAUCCCGUCAGUUGGUUUGGGCACGUGGCAGUCCGAUCCUGGUAUCGUCGGCCAAGCCAUUGAGACUGCUAUCAAGGUUGGAUACCGUCAUAUUGAUUGUGCUCAAGUUUAUGGCAAUGAAAAAGAGAUUGGUCAAGUUCUGAAGAGAUUGUUCAAAGAUGGUGUUGUCAAGAGGGAAGAUCUCUUUAUUACAUCCAAGCUGUGGUGCACUGAUCAUGCUCCUGAAGAUGUACCGGCUGCGUUCAGAAAGACUCUAGAUGAUUUGCAACUUGACUACAUUGAUCUGUACCUUAUGCACUGGCCUGUUCGGAUGAAGAAUGCUGCGGAUGGCUUUAAACCUGAAAAUCUAAUUCCAGGAGAUAUACCUAGCACAUGGCAAGCAAUGGAGAAACUUUAUGAUUCUACGAAGGCUAGAGCUAUCGGGGUUAGCAAUUUCUCUACUAAAAAACUAGGAGAUCUUUUGGAAAUAGCUCGUAUUCCUCCUGCUGUUAACCAAGUGGAGUGCCAUCCUACAUGUCAGCGGACAAAAUUGCAGGAAUUAUGCAAAUCCAGGGGAGUGCACCUCUCUGGCUAUUCACCGCUCGGUUCUCCAGGUUUAGUAUUCCUUAAGGGUGAUGAGGUUCUGAAGCAGCCUGUUGUACUCUCAGUUGCUGAGAAAUUGGGAAAGACUCCUGCUCAGGUUUGUCUUCGUUGGGGUGUGCAGAUUGGUCAUAGUGUACUUCCUAAAAGCACAAAUGAAUCCAGGAUCAAAGAGAAUUUUGAUAUUUUUGACUGGUCCAUACCUGAUGACUUGUUCACCAAGUUCUCCGAAAUUCAGCAGGCAAGCCUGUUUAGAGCUACUCCAUUUGCCAAAGUUCUCGAAGAGAUAUUGGAUGGUGAGUUCUAGAGUUACUGUUGAUAAUAUUUUUCAUGUCCCUUUGGGAAUAUCCGAUAAAAAAGAAACAUUUCCAAGAAUUUGAUUUGCUGUGAACAUGCUCAGUGAUUAUAUUUAGGGGUCAAUUUCAAAUUUAUAUUGUAGUGUCAUACCAUAUCUUUGCACUUUUGAGUAAUAAAAUGAAUAUCCUACUGUUGUAUUAUUGCUUUUA